CAUAAUAAAUACUGUAUCUUGUUUCAUCACAUCAGUCAUCUACAUACAUAUGUACAAAAAACAUUCACUUUGUAUGUAUGUAGAUAGUUUGUGAAGGAGUGAGAGUAUGUAUAAGUACGUAAUGUAAGGUGCUGAUUUAAAUAUACGGGACACAUUAGAUCGUAAAAAAAUAUAAAACUGUAUACUAAAUAUUUUAUACGCAUAUUUGCAAUACACAAUAAAAACUCUAAAAGUCAAACAUUACAAGUAUUUGCUUCAUGUCAAGUUUUUGUUACUAUUUGGACAGCUUUAACAAGUGAUAAAAUCUACAAAUGCACGAAACCUUUGCUACAAUAAUAAUUUCAUAUCUACAAGUAAUUUCUGAACUAAAUACUUUUCUGUGUCAUAAUAUUUAACACAUGUAUGGUUUCCAAUUUAUUUGAUAUAUUUGUUUCAACCUAAACCUCAGCUGGGCGUCAAGGCCAAGCAAAUUGAGAGUGGAAAUUAAUAACGCAAUGGGAAUGAAGUUGAACAAAGUGGCGACAAGUGAGGUGUACUUUAAUAAAAUUGGUCAUGCUUUGAAAUAUUCACAAAACUUGGAUAUACAAAUUACUAUACAUAUAUGUACAAAAAACUAAGUAGAAAAUCUAUAGUGAAUUAGCAUGUACAUACAUACUAGAUGUGCAAUUUUUUUGCAUAUUUGCAUAUGAUUAACUAAAAUUUAUGAAUAAAUACUUGUAACUUGUGGAUUUGAAACCCAUACUUUGAAUCGUGCAAAAUGUAAUUACAAUAAUUUAAAUUAAUUAUUUUACUUGUUUAAGUACAAAAUUAAACUUUCUUCAAAUUAAAUGAAAUAAUAAUUUACUUAAUCAAAAUGAGGAAGUCAAAACGAAAAACGGUUCCUAUUUCGCGUGGAAAACCUAAAACAUUUGCUCAGGAUAAGUGGCCAAAAUUGGUUAAACGACCCAUAAAAAAUAAUUUGGAAUGCCACGUAUGCGGGGAAAAAGCACGAUCUCAUAAUUUUGGAGGGAUUUCUUGCAACUGUUGUCGGACCUUUUUCCGCUACUAUAUCUUAACCAAUUUAAAAGAUAACUUGUGCACAAAGAGUCUGAAGAAGAACUGCAAAUAUAAAGGAAAAUGUAAAAUUGACAAAUUUUCAAGAAAGAAGUGCAAAACGUGUCGAUUCCUGAAAUGCAUAAAAAUUGGAAUGGACCCCGCUUGGGUCAUGGCGGAAUAUGAAAAGACGUUAAAACCUGGUUCCACAGAAGGUAUCAAGUUGAGUGAUGCAGAUUCUGAGAAAAUUGCAAAUAUAUCAAAAUUUUAUAAAACUGCGUGCGAACUAAUUCCUUACACUUUGCUUACCCGAGAAGUUGAUGAAGUUUUGACGAUUUCGAAAAUUCAUUUAAUCAUGAUUGGCACAUUGUCGACAGGAAUAAGAAGGUUCGUUUGUUUUGCAAGGAUGUUGCCCGAAUUUGCAAAACUUAGUUUGCAUGAUCAAACAAAUUUAUUAAAGCGAUCUGUAAUGGAAAUGGUCCUUCUCAGAGAUUUGAUGGCGUAUGAUAUUGAGAACCGAUUUUUCGGAGGAGAACAAUUUGUCGAAAAGUGUCCAGUCAUCACUGAGGACGAAUUUAUAUCCGUGUUUCCAGACUAUAUCACGGCACCCUAUAUCACCUUGUACAAGAGAAUUCGAAGCAUUGCCCCCGACGAGGACAGCCUUAUGUUGCUCCUCCCUCUCGCAUUGUUCUCCGACUCGGGUGGAAAUGAGAGCUGCACAGAUUUUGACGAUAGACAAGCUAUUAAUUCGGCACAAGAGCUUUAUGCCGGAUUACUGGAAAAGUAUUUAAAAUCGACGCAGGGAAACGAGAAUGGAAGAUUACUAUUUCCGAGGAUGCUAUCCCAACUCGCUGAAAUGACGGAAAUCAGCCUCCUCCACCAGGGUGUCCCGCUCAACAUGACCGACGACCAAGUCGAUAAAAUGCACCAACAUUUGCACAAACUUAAAAAGAAAAGUUCACAAAAUGAGAAUAAUGCGAGUCGUGAAUAUUUUAAGGAUCCUUUAACCCCCAUAAAUCAACUCGCAGCGCAAAAGGAAUGUUGCAAAAAACAUGUAAAUUCACUUGAAAAACCACAGGUAGCGAAAUCAAAAUCAGAAGUACCGACAGCAUCGCAAAAAGGCACGCAGCCUUCUUUAAUUCACACUUUCGCCAAUGUAACGGGUGAAUUUGGAAUUAAACAAGAUUAUUUUGAGUCAGGGCCUCAUGUCGGCAUCGAAAAAGCUUUUAUGCGUCGAAUGCCAGAACUUUUGGCGUGUCCGUGGGAUUCCUUGGUCAAUGACGUGGAAAAGUUAACACUUUCAUAGGUUUGAGCGUGAAAGAGAAAGCAAAGCCUUCCGAAGUAUUAGAGAUGUGCACCUGUAAUUAUGGGUGUACAUAGAUAGUUGUGAAAAUUUUGUCAGAUUUAUGUACGUCUAGUGUACUAAAUAUUUAAAUAUAUACCUAAUAUUCUACGCGGUUAGCUACCUAACAUACAUAUGUAUACGUAUAUAUAUUUAUGUUUACAAAUACAUACAUUUGUCGACCUGCUAUGCGAGAAAUAAAUGCAUCUAUCCAUACAAAAAA